AUGGGAACAAAGAUUAUAAAAAUAUCCCAUUAUUUAAUACUUUUAUUAUAUAUAGUCAAUAAAGGUUUUUGCAGUAUUAAUGUAUUAUCAAGUGAUAUAAUUGAAAAAAGUUCAAAUUUAUUAGGAAUUAAUUUAAACUAUGCCUAUUUAAAUGUAGAAUUAGAUGAGGAGGUUGUUAGAUACGAUACUUUAGCAUGUCCAAACUAUGAAUGUCCAGUUGAUAAUACCAUCAUUACACCCAGUGGAAUAGACUGUUCAUGUGAUUAUACCGGUGAAGAGUGUCCAAAAAAGCUUAGUCCUGAAUGUGGCUCAAAAGUCUGUGAUGAGUUUGCAAGUGACGGUGAAACCCCAAUGUGUUUUGGAAACUGGGAAAAAAUAGAACAAGGACAGCAACUUUUUGUAAAUAUUUUAAAUGGAGAAACCAAAAAUUUCAGGUAUAAAGCAAAUGCAGAAGUUUGCGAAAGUUUAUUGGUGGUUAUUUAUCCGAUUGUUGGGUUUUUUAGAGGUUCAGUGGGUGCUACUCCAAUUACAAAUCUUCAAAGAAAUCUUCCUUAUGAACAUGUACAAACUUAUAAUAUAAUGAAUUUAUGCCCAACUGAUAACCAAGGAUAUACAAAUACUCUCUCAUGGACUAAAGACACUUAUUUUAUUUCAAUUGAACCAAUUGGAACCAAUGUAACCUUCUCAAUUCAAAUUUAUUCAAAUGAAACACCAAAUGCUCCUAUUGAAUCAAGUUGUCAAACUAUUUUAAAUGAUGCCAAGUGUGUUAUCGAUGGCCAAGCUGUCACAGAUCAAAUUCAGGGCCCAGCUUACAACUAUUAUACCUUCCAAGUCACAAAACCAGAUUAUUAUUUUAUCAGCGCACCUGCUUUAUAUCAAGAUAUUAAUCUUUUCAUUUCAGAUGAUCCAUCUUUACCAUACCCAGUUAUUUCCAAUCCAGGUAAAUGGCAAUCUGCGGAAGAAUAUGAUGACUAUUUAUUAAUAUUUGCCGAACCGAUUAAUAGCACACACCCAACCACUCUUUUCAUUGGGAUAUAUUGUUCAUACCCAAGUAAUUACACUUUUACAGUUACAUCGCAAGGCUAUCGAUACCCUGUAAAUAUUUCAGCACUUCCCGAAAAUGCUGGUGCCUAUGCUUUAACAAAAAGUUCGAGAUUAAUAUUACCAGAUGGUACAAACUAUAACUGCCCCUCAUGGUAUCUUUGCUUUCCUUUUUCUGUCCAAUACCCUUUAUUCGAUGGUAAUGCAUUAUGGCCUGUAUCCACAUACUUUUCAAGUGAUAAAACUUUUCAAAAUAUUCAUUUUGAAAAUUCAUUCUUAGACAAUCCAUUCAAACCAAAAUCGUAUCAAGCGUCAUUUUUAUUAUCUCUUCAAUCAGAUUCAACAAAUCCUUAUAUAUACCAAACUUUCGAUACAAUUUCAAAUUCAAAAAUUGAAUUUAUUUCCACUCUAUUUAAUACAAAAGGUCAACCACUUAAAGGAAUUCAUGAAUUUAAAAAAAGAGAAUUAGAGUGUGAUUACAAUAAAUUUCAAAAUAUUUUAAAUGCAGUGGAAAAAACUGAAGAAUUACUAUUUAGUGUUUCAGAUCUAAACGAAUUAAAUAAUUGGAGAUACAAACUGGAUUCUUUAACAUUUAGAGAUGAUUGGAUUGCUUGUUUAAAUGAAGCUAAAUCACUCUUAGAUACACAAACGAUAAAGGCCAAUGUAUCAUCUAUAUUUUGUCCUUAUAGUUCAAAUAGUAUACAGUUUGCAAAUGAUCCAUGUUGUAAUGCUAGUCUUUCCUUUUUCGAAUGCUGCAACCCCAAAACAGUAGAAAUCACACAAACUGAUUUUAUAGGCACCCAUAAUGAUCUAAUUAAAGACCAAUGCUCAAGUUUUGAAUGUACACAGUCAGUUCUUUCAGAUUUUUAUAAUUCAAUUAAUUCAGUAGGCUCUUGCUCAGUUUCAAAUUUUGCGACCCAAAAUUUAAAAUCAUCUGUUACCCAAGUUCUAAGAGAUUGUAAAAACAAUACCUUUAAAUAUUGCAACACCGAUAGCGACUGCUCUGGAUUUAGUAACAAGAAAUGUGACCUAUUUACGAGAAAUUGUUUAAUAGAUUUCGAAAUUCUCGAUAAAAACUAUAUUAAAUGUGUUUUGGAAAAUAUACCACCAAGUACACUUUAUGGUUUGGCUCAAGUAUCUCCAUCAAAUAUCACAACUUCUAUUAUUGAACAACAAUACCAGGCAAAUCAACUAGAUGAUUGUAUUAGUGAAUCGAGCUACCCUAUUCGCCAGAUGAUUACCUAUACCUCCCCCAAUAUUCCAAAUAACCGUUGUUACCCACCUGCCAAAUGUUUAGAUCAAUCUUGCGAGUUGGAACACGAUAUAUGUUUUGAUCAAGUAUAUACAAAUUUUAGGGAAUACCCAUGGUUGGAUAUAAGUACUUGUCAAUCAAUUGGUUUUUGUCCAGUUUUUGUUGAUGGAUGCAGUUCAGUAGAUUACGAAGGUAGUGAAUGUAAUCAAAAUUGUGAUACUCUACAAUCAUUUUGUGGUCAUUGUACAAGUAAUGAAACAUAUUGUCACCAUGUAUCAAGUCUUAACGAUCAAUCUAGUUGUGAAAUAAGCUCAAGCUGUUUGUUACCAAGUGGUGAUUAUGCACUAGGUCUUACUAAAGAAGAAUGUGAGGGUGUGGGAAUGUGUACUGGUUAUUGCGGUUAUACAUGUGGAGACAAUAGUGGAUGUUUAAUUACAGGUGCAUUAACUCCACAGCAAUGCUCAUCUCAUGCUAAUUCUCAAUGGAUAAAUGAUAUGUGUUUUUAUAAUACUCAAAUACCAAGUCAAUGCUCAUCAAAUGGAUAUAUCUGGGAAGAUUGCUCAAUAAAAUCAGUUGGAGAAUGUUCAGGACCAACUUCAAAUACUCUAAACUUUUGCUCAUUGGCACCAACAAGCUGCAGUACUGAACAACAAUGUUUGUCCCAAGGUGGAGUCUGUUCGGAUUUAUAUUUUUUUUUACAAGAAAAUACAGCUAAAUAUUCAUCGGGGUUAGGUAAAUGUGUUAGAGGUCAUUUUGAAUAUAGAAGUGGUUUUUAUCCAAGUUGCAAUUUUGAAAACGAAAACGAUUCACCAAUGGGGUGUUUUGAACAUGUUCCAAAAUAUCUUAACAAGUCAUCAUGUGAAUCUGCAUCUGGUAAAUGGUGGGUGCCAUCGGUCAAUAAAGAGCAAUGUACCUCUACAAAAGGUUGUAAAACUUUAGAUUUAAAUUCCGAUAAUUUACCAAUUAACUUCAGAUUUAAUCAGAUGACCGAAGAUCUUUGUACCAAUUGUUAUCAAUCACAGAACAAAUGGACCAAUAUGUUUGAAUGGACAUCUAGCCAAUGGAUUAAAGGUGUUUAUUUAGAUAAACUCACUUGGGUACAAAAUAAUAAAUUUAAACUAAUCACUGAAAAGAAAAAGGCAUUUAGCUACCAAAGCUUUUACUACAACAUAAUGAAUGUUGUUGAUACUCAAAUUGCAGAUCUCUUACGUUCAGAAUCAUUCUGUAGAUUAGAAAGAAUCCAAUCAAACUUAAAUUCAGUCGCAUGCAGUUGCUCAGGUGAAGGUGGUCCAACAUGCUUUAAAUCAUCAGUCCCUCUUUUAGGUCAAACAAAGCCAUGUUUUGGAGAAUCAAGCACAUUCACUUUUGAUUAUGGACAAUUGCAUUUUACACAAGAUUCCAUUAUUGGAGGUUGCCCAUCUCUUUUAAUAUCUCAACUUAGUAAAGAAAAUUUCAUGGCAGCUGUUCCAGAAAGCUUAUCAUCAAAUUUUGUAAAUUAUUAUGUAAUCGAUAGGUAUGGGGUUUUAAAUAAAAAAGAUGCAAUUGUGGGUAUUUUACUUGAAGAUGGUAUAAAUAUUAAAGCCCAGUUUUCAAAUAUUAAAUCAGUAACAGUGUGCUUCAAUGUCAACUCUACUACAACCUCAAGAUAUCCAACUUAUGACUUUGCGUCUACAAAUGAUGAAAAAAAACCAUAUCCAUUGAAUGCAGAUAUUUUUGAAAUUAAAUCCAAUAGCCCAAAUACAAUAAUUCUAUGUUCAAACUUUACACAAGACUUUAUUUUGGAAAAGAAUGAACUUGAAUUAUUUGCAAUUAUCAGACGAGACAAUUGGGAGAAUCAAAAAAGAGAAGUAUUUAAUCAAUCAACAAAAGGUUUGAUAUUUACAUUAGCAACUUUUUAUUUAUUGGUUUCUUUUUGGGGUUUCUUUCAAAUUGGGUACAUUUUUAACAAACAAAGAAGUACCGGUCAAUUUAAGUUUCAACUUGUCCAUUUAUUAAUCAUUAUUGUUACAGUAUUCAUAAUAAUGAGAUCAAUUUAUUUCUAUGUAUUGGGAAAUGGGCAUUUAGCAUUCAAUCCAGUCGGUGACUAUAUCCUCGUAAUUUUACCAACAUUCCUUUACUUUACCACCUUUACAAUUGUUGUAGUUUUGUUCUAUGUCCUUGUAUACCUUUCAUAUAGAACAACUGACCAAUCAAAAAGAAUUUUCAAAAUGGUUUUUUUAAUAAACUUUGUAAUUUAUCUGCUAUUCAUUGCAUGUGCAUUAGUAUUCAAGAAAACCCAAAAUAUUCCGACCAACGAUUGUGGUUCAAGAAUUAUUAUACCAAUGUCAAGCUCUAUUCCUCAAAAAGCCAUUUCAAUAACCUAUGCUGUUGUUCAAUGUGUAAUUUCAGUAAUACUGGGUAUUGCAUUUAUUUAUUUGGGUGUAUCACUUUACCUCAUUGUUAGAAAAACUAAAAAAUCUUUAAAUCAAACGGCAAACUCUAGUACAUACAAUAGAAUUUUCCUUCAAACAUCAAUCUGCUCAGUAGGUUUUAUUCUUCACUGUAUUUUUAUUUUAAUUCUUGUGACAGGUAAUUUAAAUAAUAUGACAUUUAGCUUUAUAUGUUUAAUUAUUACAGAAAUUAUUCCAACUAUCACUUUAUUAUAUUGUUAUGACCCAAGACAUAAGAAUCAGAAGAAAGAAAUAUCGAUGAAUUCAUCUAACAUUAUUUCAUCCGAUUCAUAA